AUGUAUAUGCGUAUCUCACUCAUCGCUCUUGCCUGCCUGCUCCUCGCUCUGAACGUGUUUGCUGCUCCUGUCAAGGAGCUCAAGCAACUCAAACUCAAGCGGGGCGAGCAGCCCGUGAAAAGGCAAGACGAGAAGCAUAAGCCUUCUCAUGGUUGGCCCUUCGUUGCUCCCACUGCUGACUUGAACGGCUUUCGCUCACCUUCCCUCCGAUUCUUGUAUCAAUUUGUACUCUCAUAUCCUGCUAGAUCGACUUUCAUCAUGCCACUGUGUAUCUGUCUGACAAUGUCCCGAAACGAGAAAUUGCGUGUUUAUGCUGCACUGUCUCCGGUGAAGCCGAGGAUGGAACGAACUCUCUGUCCAGAGCCUAGCUCUCAGAUGAUCAGUACAUUUGUAAUUCAGCUUGCUUCUGUUAUUGUGGGAUUAAGGGCCCUCUAA